ACCAUUUCCUGUGUGUCCCUGCCCCCCCUGUCCCUGCCCCCCGUCCCAGGCCUGGCUCCGUCCAUCCACGUGUGGGACGCCGUGACCAAGCAGACGCUGUCCAUCCUGCGCUGCUCCCACGCCAAAGGCGUCGGCUACGUCAACUUCAGCGCCACGGGGAAGCUGCUGCUGUCGGUCGGAGUGGAGCCUGAACACACCAUCACCGUGUGGCGCUGGCAGGAAGGCACCAUGGUAACAUGUAACCGUGGCAACGCUGAGCGGAUCUUCGUGGUGGAGUUCAGACCCGACUCAGACUCCCAGUUCGUUUCGGUGGGAAUCAAACACAUCAAGUUCUGGACCCUGGUCGGGGGGGCGCUGGUCUACAAGAAGGGGGUCAUUGGCUCGGUGGAGGACGGGCGCAUGCAGACCAUGCUGUCUGUCGCCUUCGGGGCGAACAACCUGACAUUCACCGGCGCCAUCAACGGGGACGUGUACGUGUGGCGGGAGCACCUUCUGGUGCGGGUGGUUGCCAAGGCGCACAGCGGCCCGGUGUUCACCAUGUACACCACGCUGAGGGACGGGCUCAUCGUCACCGGGGGGAAGGAGCGCCCGACCAAGGAGGGUGGAGCCGUGAAGCUCUGGGACCAGGAGAUGAAGCGCUGCCGAGCCUUUCAGUUGGAGACGGGCCAGCCGGUGGAGAACGUCCGCUCCGUCUGCAGAGGGAAGGGUAAGAUCCUGGUGGGGACCAAAGACGGAGAGAUCAUCGAGGUGGGGGAGAAGAACGCCGCGUCCAACACCAUGAUCAACGGACACACUAAGGGGGGCAUCUGGGGGCUCGCCACACACCCCUUUAAAGACGUCUUCAUCUCCGCCAGCGACGACGGGACCAUCCGGAUCUGGGACCUGGCUGAUAAGAAACUGCUGAACAAGGUGAGUUUGGGUCACGCUGCCAAAUGCACGUCCUACAGCCCCAACGGGGAGAUGGUUUCCAUCGGUCUGGAGAACGGAGAGUUCAUCGUCCUGCUCGUCAACUCGCUCACCGUCUGGGGCAAGAGGAGGGACCGCAGCGUUGCCAUCCAGGACAUACGGUUCAGUCCAGACAACCGGUUCCUGGCAGUGGGUUCCGUUGAGAGCGCGGUGGACUUCUACGACCUGUCUCUUGGUCCGUCCCUGAACCGGAUCGGCUACUGCAAGGACCUCCCCGGCUCCGUGAUCCAGAUCGACUUCUCAGCCGACAGCAAGCACAUCCAGGUUUCCGGCAGCACCUACACCCGACAGGUGCAUGAGGUUCCCUCGGGAAAGAUGGUGUCAGAUCAGUCGGUGUCUGAGAGGAUCACCUGGGCGACCUGGACCAGCAUCCUGGGAGAUGAAGUCCUGGGCGUGUGGCCCCGUAACACGGAGAGGGCAGACGUUAACUGCGCCUGUGUGUCGCAUGCCGGCCUCAACUUGGUGACAGGAGACGACUUCGGACUCAUCAAGCUCUUCGACUUCCCCUGCUCCGAGAAAUAUGCGAAACACAAGCGCUACUUCGGCCACUCUGCCCAUGUCACCAACGUCCGCUUCUCCUGGGAUGACAAGUACGUCAUCAGCGCUGGAGGCAGCGACUGCAGUUUAUUUGUUUGGAAAAGUCAGUAAGAUCCCAAAACCCUGAUGACCUUUGACCUGAGACCUCUGGGGACCGGAAGUCCAACCAGUCCAAUCCUUCAGGGACAGGAAAUCAAACCAGUCCAUUCCUCCAGGGACAGGAAGUUACACCAGUCCAAUCCUCUGGUGAUCGGAAGUCCAACCAGUCUAAUCCUCCAUGGACAGGAAGUCCAACCAGUCUAAUCCUCCAUGGACAGGAAGUCCAACCAGUCUAAUCUUCUGGGGACUGGAAGUCCAACAGGUCCAAUCCUCCAGGGACAGGAAGUUACACCAGUCCAAUCCUCUGGGGAUCGGAUGUCAAACCAGUCUAAUUCUCCAGGGACAGGAAGUCCAACAGGUCCAAUCCUCCAGGGACAGGAAGUCCAACCAGUCUUAUCCUCCAGGGACAGGAAGUCCA